UGAAGUAUAACAUUUAUUAUCAAAACCUGAACAUAAAGGUCCAACAUAAGUAAAUCUUGAAAAUAUUUAAUUUUACCCUGAUGGAGCUUAAUUAUGAGAAAUUACUCCUUAAUAAUGAAUUGUAGCCAUGAUGCUUAACGAUAAAGAUAAAUAGAAUGACAAAAUAUUGCCAGGACCUGGUGAUUACGAAAUUAAAUUCCCGCUUUUCGAUCCAGAUUACAUUAUAAAAAACAAUUAUCAUCUUUUGCAAUUUAACCUGGAAAAGAUCGCCUUGGAAAAUAAGAGAGAGUAUAAGAACAAGAAAUAAUUGGGCCAGGUAUUAAUAAUAAUUAAAUUUAAAAGGAUCUUAUUAACUUCCUAUCAAAUUUGAUGAAAUAACAACAGAGAAAUUACUAGUCUCUGGGAAUGUAUUCAAGUAAGAGAGUUUGAGAUAACCUUAUGGCGAUUUUGAAAAGAAAAUAGGUCCAAAUCCAAAAAGCC